UGAGUUUGAAAUUUUCGAGGUGCAGUGAAGGCAGCACGCCGGGCGGCGUUCAGGGGCCGCAUCUCUGCCGUCACUUCACAGUGAUGCGAGUUAACGGUAAAGUUCAGACUUUGGCGGAAAGCUUCACCGUGUGUCUCCACACGUUAUGAAGUAAUGGUGGGUUUCGGCGGAGCCGCGCCAUAAAAAAAAAUAAGGAAGCUUAUCUGACCCAGUGGCUCCCACAGCGACACCCAGGUCCCUCCUGACUUUAGGGAUAUAAUGGGGCCCUUCCCCUUUCACCUAUUCCCACUCCUCUUCCUUCUCCUCUUUCUCUCCCAAUCCUGCACCUCCUUCAGACCCCAGAGUGUGGAGCGAGGUUCGGGCUCCCAGCAGCUUCAGCCAGCGGGUAACACAACAGGGUCUGGCAAGAAGACCUGUACAAGCAAGGUGGUGUGCAAACCAGGAAUCCUUCUGCCAGUUUGGUUACCACCUGACCCUCCAGUGGGAGAACAGGCGGGCCGGGCUGUGGUCUACUUCCUGUGUUUAAUAUACAUGUUCCUGGGUGUGGCAAUCAUCGCCGACCGCUUCAUGGCAUCCAUAGAAGUCAUCACCUCUCAGGAAAAAGAGGUAACUAUCACCAAAGCCAAUGGGGAAACGAUUGUAAUGACAGUGAGAAUCUGGAAUGAGACCGUGUCCAACCUUACACUCAUGGCUCUGGGCUCCUCAGCACCUGAGAUUCUGCUUUCUGUCAUUGAGGUGUGUGGACACAACUUUGAUGCAGGUGAGCUUGGCCCAAGUACCAUAGUGGGCAGCGCCGCCUUCAAUAUGUUUGUCAUCAUUGGCCUGUGCGUGUGGGUGAUCCCUGAUGGAGAGACCCGCAAAAUCAAACACCUGCGUGUUUUUUUCAUCACGGCAUUCUGGAGUGUUUUUGCCUACAUUUGGCUCUACAUCAUACUGGCUGUCAUCUCACCUGGGACUGUAGAGGUGUGGGAAGCAGUGGUGACGCUGCUUUAUUUUCCAGUGUGUGUGAUCUUGGCUUGGAUUGCUGACCGUCGCCUACUCUUCUACAAAUACACGCACAAGCGCUAUCGUGCAGACAAGAGGCAUGGCAUUGUGGUGGAAAUGGAAGGUGACCUUGAGCCAAAAGACAUUGAUGUGAUCGUGGACAGAAAGCUGUCAGAGGGCACUUCAUGUCCUGGAAACUCUUCCAGCGUGGCGGCCUCUGUGCAGACGGGCAAUGAACUCGACCAGAACAAAGAAGAGGUUGUUCACAUCUUGAAAGAUCUGAAGGAGAAACAUCCUGAUAAAGACAUGGACCAGUUGAUUGAGAUGGCCAACUACUGUGCCCUGGUUCAGCGGAAGAAGAGUCGUGCUUUCUACCGUAUUCAGGCAACGCGCUUGAUGAUUGGUGCUGGCAAUGUGUUAAGGAAGCAUGCUGCCAAGCGUGCACAAGAUGCAGCUGCUGGAGGCCAGGAGGAAGACAAAGCCACAUGCUCUCACAUUUGUUUUGAAAGGGCACAGUACCAUUGCACAGAGAACUGCGGCAUUCUGAGCCUUGGAGUGAUCCUUGAAGGUGGCACAGGCCAGAACACUUUCUAUGUAGACUAUUAUACAGAAAAUGGUUCAGCCAACGCUGGAGCGGACUAUGAAUUCUGUCAGGGGACUCUGGUGUUUAAGCCAGGGGAGACUCAAAAAGAGAUCAAAGUGACCAUUUUAGAUGAUGACAUCUUUGAGGAGGAUGAGCACUUCUUUGUGCAUCUUCAGAAGUUGAGGUUAGAGGAGUCUGGAAGUGAAGGGACAGGUACCCCACCCAAGGGUAGACUAGUGGAGCCACUAGUUACCACCAUCACUAUAUUAGAUGAUGACCAUGCUGGAAUCUUCACCUUUGGUCAGCAGGUUCUACGUGUGAGUGAGAGCACUGGUACACUGACAGUGACAGUAGCAAGGAAUUCAGGCUCCAGAGGUACCGUUGCUGUACCAUACCAUACGGAGGAUGGUAGUGCCAAGGCUGGAGUGGACUAUGAGGAAACCAGAGGGGAGCUGGAAUUCACCAAUGAGCAGACCAGUCAGGUACUACAAGUUCGCAUUUUAAAUGUGGGAGAAUAUGAGAAGCAAGAAGACUUCUUUAUUGUGCUGGAGGAUCCCAAGUGGUUGAAGCGAGGAAUCUCUGCUUUGCUGCUAAACCAGGGCCACCCCACCCCUGAGGAGGAGGAGGCGAGGAGGAUCGCUGAAAUGGGGAAACCCAUCCUAGGAGAGCACAGCAGGCUGGAGGUUGUCAUAGAAGAGUCAUGCGAGUUUAAGAUACCCAAUGGAGUACUAGACCAGCAUACUGUGGACACACUCCUAAAGGACACCAAUCUGGCUGCUAUGAUUGCCACUCAUUCAUGGAGGGAGCAGUUCAUUGAAGCUGUCACAGUCAGCGCAGGUGAUGGAGAAGAAGAAGAAGAAGAGGGGCAGGAGGAGCGAGUGCCGACCUGCUUUGACUAUUUCAUGCACAUAUUGUGUAUUUUCUGGAAAAUCCUAUUUGCUUGCGUCCCGCCCACUGAGUACUGGAAUGGCUGGGCUUGCUUCAUCGUGUCAAUCGGUGUCAUUGGUGUCUUAACCGCCGUUAUUGGAGACCUGGCUUCCCACUUUGGCUGUACAGUCGGUCUAAGAGACAGCGUCACUGCUGUGGUGUUUGUAGCACUUGGAACUUCAGUUCCUGAUACAUUUGCUAGCAAGGUGGCUGCCACUCAGGACCAAUAUGCCGAUGCUUCUAUUGGAAAUGUAACAGGAAGCAAUGCGGUAAACGUGUUUUUGGGCAUUGGGUUGGCCUGGUCUGUUGCAGCUGUGUAUUGGGAAGUCAAAGGUAAGGCCUUCAAUGUGGAUCCCGGAUCGCUGGCCUUCUCAGUCACGCUCUUCACCAUCUUUGCCUUCUUCAGUAUGGGAAUACUGAUGCUACGCCGGAGGCCGUCUGUCGGCGGUGAACUCGGAGGUCCACGAAUCACCAAAGUCCUCACUGGACUGCUUUUCUUUGGACUUUGGUUCUUGUACAUCCUCUUCUCCAGCCUGGAGGCCUACUGCCAUAUACAAGGCUUCUGAGAGUACAGAGCUGAGGACAGAAAUGACUGAACUCCCACAAACACCUCACCAGGACGUUCACCUGGACAUUAUUGUUGCAGUAGCAGCAGCAGCCACUGAGGAGACACAUCUGCACUUGACAACUGCUACCAUGGUUCAUAACACAAAACACAGAUGAACAGUUGUGUAUAUCACAUCCACUGCAGGACAGUUCCGGUAGAGUUUAUCCGUAUUGAAUGCUGCUUCUAUAAAGGACAGGAAAUAGUCAGGAUGUCGUGAAAGUGAUUUUUAUUUGACACAGGCUGGAAGCCUCCAUGUUUGGGUCUGUUUCUUUGGCUGUUUUUGAGCCUGGAUCUGAUGACCAAUAGGUACAAAUUAAACUGACUAAACUCAUGCAGUCAUGAAUAAAUGAUGGCAUUUAGGCAGAUGAACAUUGUAAGUGAUAACACGUGAUGUCAAGAAAUAUGAAGUUAUUAUUAAGGUAGAAGCGAAACUAGAAAAGCACGUGGAGUGCGCCAAGGAAAUAUGUACUCUAAUCAAGGUACUGUGCUACUUUAUAAAAAUUAGCUGUAGAAUAGAGCUGAAUUUAUUUCAGCACAAGUCCAAUUAGUAGGUUUUAUGAAAUUUGCUUCAGCUGUUUUUGAAGGUAGUUGAAAAUGUAUUGUUGUAAUGAAUCAAAACUUUUUACUGCAUUCCCUCCUGGGUGCAGGCAGAUCAUGACAAUCACUUCAGUGUGGGUAACUUGCAAUUCAUCUCAUAUUAAUUACUGUACAAAUCAUGGACACAUUUAUACCUGACAAAUGGACUCAUUAGAUUUGACACUUUUGGCCAUUUCUUGAUGGUCUGUAGCACACAGUUUAAAGUGCAUCACUCAAGUGCAUUUGGGGCGUGCCCAACAGCACUUUGCUAUUUACAUGGUGGAUAAUCUGAGCAGAGUAAGGC